AUGGGUUCACUAGGGAAGACCACGGGGGCCUUCUCGGAAGCGAGGUUCAUCGGAGAUGUAGAGAAGAUGUGCCUCGCUGUCGGAGCUCCCUUCUCAGAGUCGACUACCCGGAAGGUCCUCGAGACAUACCCUAGUAGUUUCCUCAGAGGAGCCAUCAACUGGCGAACUACAAAUCGUCGAGGCGAUGCACUCAAUUACAGGUUCUACGAGCGCAAGAACAUCGACACCAUCACCCCAGCGAUCGAGGCCGGGCUCCUAGACCCAACGCAUCCCUUGCUUCCGCUACUAAAAGCUUGGGGCGACCUCUACGACGGCACAGUUGAGCAGUCCUGUGACUUUUGUGCCAAGAAGGGCCUUGUCAAGUGCUGGCUUUACUUCGGUCCCCUCAAGCCCACAGACGACAUUUUGGGGGCCCCAGGCAUCCCCUCAACCAUUACUCGUCACAAAAACACUUUGCAUAGCCUUGGAUUGGAUCUGAUGAGACACAUCGCCGUCGACUAUUACGGCGGCACGGUGAACCUGUACUUCACCAAGAAGCAUGCGCUGAGCCCGGAGGGAGUCAGGAGCUUUGUCGCAUUGGCUAGCCCAGAGCAAGCCGCGGCGUUGGCAGAGGAUGAGAUCGCUCACAUGACCCGGUACUUAAGCCCGGACGCGUCUGAGCUCGCAGUGACCGUCAAUGUCGCUACGGGGUCUAUCAAGCGCGUAGCCAUCUACGUGUUCCUGGCGGAACAGGUUCAAUGCAUUCGGGGCUUGGGAUCUAGGCUGACGACUUUCUUCGCGAACGCGCCUUGCUACGAUGAUGAGUCAGGAGACAUCUUGUCUUGGUCGUUCGGUGGAGAGAGAUAUGUCAAAGGGGAGAGGAACUAUUGUGGUGAUACUGUUUCUUUGAUGAGAGAUUGGAGCUUGCCGAGGUGA